GGCUUCGCAACUACCUAUGUACGGGGUUCCGUUUGCCGCGUGUACACGCAACACGCUUCGUUGCGACCCACAUACGCUUCGCGGUUUUCGGUCAGUGCUAAGAGAACCUUAUUAUAUAGCGCAUACUCGACAUUAAGAAACGCUUGUGGCUAUUCUGACACCGUGCCUAACGUUGUCGUUUCAGUCAUCCAAACUUCAUAGGGCUGACGAGUCAUGACGUAGGAAGAACACAUUUCUGCUGAAUUGAAAUGGACAUUAUCGACCAGAUAGAGAUUCCGAGCUUUGAGCGGAAAAGGAAUGCAAACUUCAAGCGCACCUUUGCCAUAGCAGCCGGCUGCGUCGGUAUCCUUUAUGGGCUAGAACAAUACAACGGGAGCGUUUCUAGAACAUGGAAGUCUGUCAGAAGGGGAAUUACAGCUGCAAUUGCGGCUUGGCUCGAAGACCAUGGUGGAUUUCCGCUGUUUUCGCUGGAAGGCGAGGAGCCGCCGCCCCUUUCUCAAAGCGUUUUGGACAUCAAUGGCAUGUGCGGCCCGCGCAUCUCACACGACGGAGGCACCAGCGCAGCAGCAGAGGCGCUCCUUGCCGUACAGCAGCAGCGGCAGCAGCAUGUGCUGGAAGCGGCAGCGGGGGCAGCCCUGGGGCCGGAGCCCAUUGACAUGGCUGCCGCAGCUGCAGCCGCUGCAGCCGCUAAUGCCCACCUCUUCGCCAGUGCCGACACCCCCGCCUUCUUCCAGUCCACCAAGUUCUUCGCGUGUCUGGAUGUGGAGGAGGCGCGGGAGCUCUUCCGGGCCACAAAGAGGGUCUCUCUGUCGCCCCACGAGGUGCUCUUCCGCAGCGGCGACCCCUCCGACAGCGGCAUCUUCAUCGUGCUGGCGGGCAGCCUGGGGGUGUUUCUGGAGGAGCCGCCGGGGCACCUGCCGCCCAUACACGCAAACACGCUCAGGAGCGGUGAGAGUGUGGGGGACCUGGAUGUGGUGGACGGGGCGGCCCGGACUGUCAGCUGCAUGGCGCUGGAGGCGGGCUGCCUGCUGGUCAACGUGCCCCGGCCGCUCUUCAUGGAGUUCGUGCACUCCCACCCGCGCGCCCUCAUGCUCUACCUGCAGCAGGGCCUGGCGAGGCUGUGGAGGGUGGCGCAUUUCGUGCUCGCGGACUUCCUGCAGCUGCAGCUCUACCGGCCCAAGCGCCCCGACGGCAGCCCCUGCGGCGGCAGCGGAGGCGGCAGCGGCGGUAGCGGUGUGCUGGCGGCGGAGUAUGCCGCCGCUGGGAGCACGUAUACACCGCCAGCGGCGCGGCGGCAGCAGCAGCAGCCGCCAGCGCAUGAGCAGGGGACGCAAACGGAGGAGGUGGAGGAGGGGGUGUCGUCGGAGCAUGUAAGCAUUAGUGGCGACGUCGGCAGCAGUGGCGGCGCUGCGGGCGUUACGGCGGAGGUACCGGCGGCGCCGUCAGCGCCGACGUUUAACGAGCUGCUUGCCUCCACCGCCGCGUCGGCGCGGGCUCGUGGCGCAGGCGGACCGACCCAUGGGCCACUUCGCCAGGAGUCCGGAGACCUCAAUUCGGCGGCGGCGGCCGCGGCGGCUGCAUUGCUGGCCAAUGUGCCACCGCCUGCAUCUGGCAGCAGCGGCGGCGCGGCUGCCGCCGCGCCAUCUAGGCCCCCCGCCGCCGACAUCGGAACACCUGUCACCGCUGCCACUGACGCCACCGCCGCUGCUGCUGUCCCAGCUACUACUACAGCAGCCGGCGCCGCCGCUCCACGUGACACCCCCUUCGCCUCCGUCACCACCACUGACAGCGGCCCGUCAGCGGCCAGUGCCGCCGCUCCUGCUACUGCUGCUGGCAGGUUACCGACGGAUAUCCCCCGACAGGCCCCACCGGCCCCACAGCACCCGCGACAGCAGCAGCAGCAGCCGGUUUCCGCGGCGAGCGGCGCCAGUGGCAGGAGUGUGAGCGCUGCUGCGGGGGCGGGUGCGAGUGUGGGUGUGGGCGGGGCUAGAGCUUCGUCGCCUGCUGCCGGUGCUGCUGCUGCUGCUGCCGGUGGUGGCGGCGGCGGCAACAUGCGUGGCGUGAACGGCAUGUUGCCGCCACGCCUCCCCGGGUUUGGAUUUGGCUUUGGCGGCGGGCUGGGCGGCGGAGGGGCGGCGGGAGGGAAGCGCGUGGAGGAGCCGAGGCCGGAUGGCCCCGUGUGCCGGCUGCUGCCCGAGCGCUCCCACCCGCUUCGCCGCGCCUUCGUGCUGGGGCAGCGCGCGUGUCUGGCGGCGGGGUGGGAUGUGGUCGAUGUGGAGGAGAUCCAGUUCCAUGACGACAUGUGGGGAACACUGUCAGACCCCAGGUCGGGUGUGGGCACGCAGCUGCCCCUGGCGGCGGGCGGCAUGCUGCAGGAUGUCGACUGGGCCUCCGGCUGCUUCUACCUGGUGCUGGACGGCCACCUGCUGGCGGAGCGACCCGCGGGUCACCCGGGCGCCGCGGAGGACGGCUGCGGACUGGGGCUGGGCGCGGGCGGGGGGCCGGGCGCCGGCGCGGCGGUGCAGGAGAGUGCACUCAUCUCGCCGGGCAGCCUGAUCAGCUGCGCCGCCUUCCUGUCCUCCACCCCCGCCCGCUGCAAGGUGGUGGCGCUGGAGCCCUGCAGGCUGGUGGCCUUCUCGUGGCAGACCCUAGAGGGCCUGCUGUCCGACUGCGCCCCGCUGCUGAUCCGGCUGCUGGUGGCCGCCAGCGCCGCGCUGGGGCCGGUGGUGCGCCGCUUCAUCAGCCUGGGACUCAACCGGGUGUGGCUGGAGUCGGGGGAUGUGGCGUACCGGCAGGGCGACUUUGCGGAGUGCCUGUACGUGGUCAUCUCGGGUCGGCUGCGGCUGCUGCACGAGACGCUGCACCCCGUCACGCAGGCGCGCAAGCUGCACCUGGAGGAGGAGGUUGGCCGCGGCGAGGCGGUGGGUGCUGUGUGGGCCAUCACGGGCGGCCACCACGACACCACCGCGCUGUGCGUCAGGGACUCGGAGCUGGUGCGCAUGAGCAGGUCCGCCUUCCGUGUCAUCUCCGCCGACUCCCCGCUGGCGCUGUCCAAGCUCUUCUCCAACAUCGCCCGCAGACUGGUGGCGGCCUGGGACUCCAGGGUGCGCAGCGACCGAGGCGGCGGCAGCACCAGUGGCGCCGCCACAGUCGCCGCCGCGUCCGGCGCCGCCGCCAGCGUCGGCUCGCCCUCACUCGCCAUGCGCGUCAUUGGCGGCGGCGGAGCCGCAGCCGCAGCCGCCGCAGGCGGCGGCGGCCCCGGCCUGCAACAGCUCCCCCAUCCCUCCCGUUUGGGCCUCACCCCUCUCAAGAGCGCGGGUCAGCUAGCCGCCGGCAGCGGCGUCACUCGCGGCCCUCGAACUUCCGGUCGUCGCGGCGAGAUCGUCACCAUUGCCAUCCUGCCCGCCGGCGUGCUGCCCGACGCCGCCGCCUCCGCCGCAAUGGCGUCGGCGCUGUCCGGCUCGCCGACCGACGUCGCUGCCGCGGCGGCGGCGCUGGCGGCGGCGGAGGCUGCGAACAUGGGCGGCGGCGGCGCGGGACACGAGGCGACGUCGCGACUGAUGGGCGGCUUGAUGGGCGGCGGCGGUACGGCAGGGUCGCAAUGGCGCUGUCCCCCGGGUCUGUGUAAGCAGCAAGCGGCGCUAGCGACGCUAACGGCCAUCAAACGACUGAGCGGCGCACUCAAGGACGCUCUGUCAUGCUUCGGCCCGGUGCUGCUGCUUGACGCCACGGUGCUGUCGCUGCAGUUCCCAACCGCCAGCGAGCGACUGGACGUGCUGUUCUACAGGUCCAAGGUAACCAGCUGGAUGGCCGCCCAGGAGGAGGAGUACCGCUUCAUCGUGCUGGAGGCGGAUGUGGCGGCCAGCCCCUGGUCCUCCGUGUGCGUGGCGCAGGCGGACUGCAUCCUGCUGGUGGCCCCCGAGGGCUCCACCCCGCAGCUCUCCCAGCCGGAGAGCGUGCUGGUAUUCAACGCAGCCUCGCCCGCAUUCGCAAGAUCCAAACCCAACGGCGCCCGAUCCGGCUUCACCCCCACCCCCCCGCCCGCCUCCUCCGCACUCGCAACCCCCGCAUCCAUACUGACCCCGGCUGCCUCAUCGUCACACCUGCCGGCGGCGGCUGGCGGCGCCGCCACCCCCGCCAAGUCGCCGUUACGACCCGCCGUCGACCCUCCGCACCUGACGUCGCCGCCGUCACGCGCGAGCACCGUCAGCCUAGGACCCUCCGCCUCCGCCGCCGCUCCGCCACCACCGCCACCGCAUCACCAAUCCCAGCCGCAUCAUCAUCAGCAGCAGCAGUCGUACAGCGCUGCCGCCGCCGCCGCUGCUGCCGUCGCCGGCAGCAGCGCCGCCAUGUUGCGGCGAGUGGAGCUGGUGGUGCUGCACAACAGCGGCGACGGCAGCACGCCAGCGGGCACUGCGGAGUGGCUGGCGGGGCGACCCAACCUGUCUCGACACCACCACAUUCGGCUGGGACGUCAGGCGGACAUUCAGAGGCUAGCCCGCUGGAUGGCGGGCAAGGCGGUGGGUAUCGUGCUGUCGGGCGGCGGCUCGCGCGGUCUGGCGCACCUGGGGGUGCUGACUGCGCUGGAGGACGCGGGGGUGCCGCUGGACGCGGUGGGGGGCACCAGUCAGGGGGCCUUCAUGGCGGCGCUGUAUGCGCAGGGUCUGGGUCGCGAGGCGCUCAACCUGAGUGUACGGCACUACGCCCAGCAGCUGGGCAGUGUACGGCACCUGCUGUCCGACCUGACGCUGCCGGUGCUGUCGCUGUUCAGCGGGGCGGCGUUUGACGAGGCGGUCAAGAGGGUGUUCGAGCGGGGGGCGCAGCGCCUUGAGGACCUGUGGCUGCCCUUCUUCUGCAUCACCACCAACCUCACGCGCGGGGAGGCCAGCGUGCACACGCAGGGGCUGCUGUGGAAGCUGGUCCGAGCCUCCAUGACAAUCGUGGGUCUGCUGCCGCCCGUGUGGGAGGACGGGUGUCUGUUGGUGGAUGGAGGCUACAUGAACAACAUGCCGGUUGAUGUGAUGCGCGGCAUGAUGGGAGUGGACUCGGUGAUCGUGGUGGACGUGGAGGGGCGGGACGACAUGGGUUGGCGCCAGCUGACCCCCUACGACGGCGGCCUCUCCGGCUGGCGUUUGCUGUGGGACCGCUGGUGCCCCUUCCCGCGCUGGCGCUUCAGCCCGCCGCCCCCUGCAGCACCCUGCUCCUCCUCCUCCGCCUCCUCCUCUGCUGCCCCCGCCUCCUCCUCCUCGCCCCGCCCCGCCCAGCUGCGCUACGCCUCUCUGAUCCACAAGCUGACCUGCAUGACGCACGCCGCCAACCUGAAGCGCGUGGCGGUGGAGCACCGAAUCGACCUCUACCUGCGCCCGCCCGGCAUCGGGGGCUACCGGCUGAUGGACUACCACCUGAUGGACCGCAUCGUGAAGGACGCGUACAGGUACGCCACCUCUGCCAUCACACACUGGAAGCUCACCCACCGAGUGAGCCCAUUCGGUAUCGAGGAGGUCGCGCCGCCGCAACCGCCGCCGCCAACCGCGGUUGUCGUACCGCCGCCGCCGGCCGCCAUGAUCGUACAACCUGCCUCCGCCGCCAGCAUGCUUCCGAUGGUGUCGCAAGCCGCCACCCCCGCCUUCCCUCCCUCUGCGGCGGCAAUGCCCGGUACGGCAACUGUGCUGCAUGGCGUCGGAGGAGCAGGAGUUGGAGGGGGCAUGAGUCAGCUGCAACGGAAGCAGCAACCGCCGGCGGAGGCGCUGGCGGCGGCGGCGGCAGCGGUAGCGCCGGGUGCCGCCGCCGUACUACCGGUGGCGGCGGCUUUAACCGGCAGGCCGGCGUCGCCCGGCAUGAUGUCAUCGCCGUUCACGGAAGCGGUAUUGCCGGCGGGAGGUUUAUCAGCGGCGAUUGAAGGUCCUGAGCCCUGGCGGCUAGGCAGCGCAACGUCCGCCCCGCCGCUUCCGCCGCCCUCUACCUCAUCUGCACCUCAAGUCUGGCGGAGCCCCGGUGCCGACCGCGGGUUUGCACACGCACACGCCGCCGGCGCCGUUGCUACUACCGUCGCCAGCGGCGGCGGGGGCGGUAGCAGUGGUGUGGUCUUCGGCAGCGGCGAUGGCGGCGUGAGGACAGGGAGUCGACGUGGCGGCCGAAGCAGCCACCGCGGCGUUAGCUUUGACGGCGAUGAUGGUGAUGAGCAGCAACCAGCACAGCAGCAGCAGAGGCAGCAUCGGCUUUCGCAGCAAGGCGGUGCGGGAGGAGGCAUGAGCUCGCCGCCAAGCGUGGGGUCCCCGCCUAGUAUUGGCUCACCGCCUGGGAUUGGCUCGCCGCCGGGUCCGGGGACCGGGCGACUGGGGUCCUCCAGGAUGAGCCGCUCAGCGACAAGGCACUCGCUGGUGCACGAUCCCGAUGAAUAGGGGAUGGGUGCUGUUUGGUAGCGACGGAAGGGGAGAUUGUGCGCGUAUCAUUGAAGUUGGAAGGAGUAGAUGGUGAGUUGCGUGUUGUUCGCUGUAUAGUAAGCAAUCUUUAGCGUUGGCGUGCGCAGUUUACCAUUCAAAGCCAAGCCAUAAUUCCAUUGCGGCGGUUUGCUUGCUACAGGAGCAGGCUGGAGUGAGUGAAACACGUGUUCUGCUUACUUGAUACUGGGAGUGUCGUAUGCAGAUUCGAAUGUCUCCGCCCUGUGCCAUAGUCUCGGUACGUUGUAUGUACUCUUGCGGCCCUAGGGGGCAAGGCGCAUUUCUCGAUAUAUAUACAUAUCGCCAUGAAGUGCUUCUAGGCAAUACCCGUGUUUAUGCGGUGUACAACUGGAUGCCAUUUACCAAGAAAGGAGGGAGUGCGUUGUUCGUGCCAGUCGUGUGCACACCCGUGUGCGUUGGUGUGUUUCGCGUUUCAGUCGGAAAGCCUUCCCGGCUGAGAUGCGUUGUAAAUGCUGUGUAAAUAGGCUGUGCUGCAUGAAAUGUGAAUGACUUUGAAAGCAAUGCCCUAUGGCAGGCUAUAUUUUAUCUGUACCACCUGUUUGUCACCUGUCUUACUUCAGCGUCGUGUCAGCUGCCUGUAUGCGCAGCCUAUAUUGUUGUAUGUGCGUUGUGCAAACUUAUGGGGCCAGGCUACAGGAAUCAUUUUUCUUGUAACGUAACAGAGGAAGUUCAAAGUCGAUCUGUCCGACUUCGGUCAAAACCAUCUGAAAUACUGGCAUAUAGCGGAAACGACGCC